UACAGUUUUCAAAGUUAGCAGACGCUUUGUUAUUGUUGAUUGUUGCAACGACUCACAUUUUAUUUGUAAUUGUAAAAUUAUUCAAUGAAAUUAAGGAUGUUGUUUUUGUUAUCAUAUUGGAAUUGUUAAGUUAUGGCAGUCCAGUCUUACCAAGAGCGACAAAAUGACGAACUGCAAGUGCUACAGUCUAUAUUUAUGGAAGCUUUCCGAGAUCUGCGUCUGAAAAAUGCUUGGAAAGUUGAAAGAGCCCCUGAAGUAAGCCUUACUUUAAAACCUCAGGAGAGCUAUGGCAAUCAUGCGGAGGAAGCACAUGUUCAGUUGGACUUGGUCUUCAUCUGUCCAGAACAUUAUCCUGACGACCUUCCGACCAUGAGGUUAGAGAAUUCAAAGGGACUAUCGAAUCAGCAGCUUGAUUCUCUUAAAUCUGAAUUGGAAAAUCGUGCAACACAACUGAAAGGACAGGAGAUGAUGUUAGAGUUGUCACAGCAUGUUCAGACGUUCCUGUAUGCCAACAACAAACCGCCUCCCCAGUCGUUCUAUGAGCAGAUGAUGAGUAACAAGAAGCAACAAGAGGACCGUGAGGCGCAGGAACAACAGAGGCGCAUGGAACUGCUGCGGAAGAAGGAGGAAAAAGAGUUACUCAUGAUCGAAGAUGAGAUUGCAAAGAGACAGGAGGCCCUGAAAGAGGAGACAAGAAAGAGACGUGACGAGGCAAGACAGGGUUCACUAGAAAAAGCCAUUCCAGUGGGUUCACCAGGCAAAGGAAAGGUCGAGGCAGGCCAGGGGAGGCUAUCUAUGUCACCGGGGGAGAAACACAGGGACGGCCAGGAGGAUGGGAGACAGUCACACAGGAGCCCUGUGGUGCAAUUCACUGUCCCGGUGUCUCCUACACAGAGGCGAACGGUGACCCUGAAGAGUGGGGAAGAUGGAGAUGGGCCCUGCAAACAUCACCAUGGGGGCGUGGUUGUCCUUGCCUUUAACACAAAGUCAGAGAGAAUCGUCCACAGGGGAACAUGUCUUGGGCAUGGACUACAUGGCAGUACAGUUUAUGCAGGUAUAGACACUAAUACUGGUGAGUUGGUUGCCAUAUCCGAGUGGGUGUUGAAAUGGCGCCAUGCGGCCAAGAAGGCGGGAAGCAGUGGUCGGGUCGAGGGCGAUACUGAGGGGGAGGGGUACAGUAAACAGGUGGCUAACAUAGAGCGAGAGAUGUUUUCAUUGCUCAAGUUGAACCAUAGAAACCUGCUACACUACCUGGCAUUCAAAUACAUUGAAGAACCUGGAAAAAUCACCAUCUAUGCACUAAUGGAGUACUCUGGAGGCCAGAACUUGGACAUUUAUGUGACACGACGCACCUUGCCUCUUGCUGCCAUACAUACAUACACACAUGAGCUGUUAGGGGGACUUCAGUAUCUACAUAACAAAGAUGUUACACACAAGAAUCUCAGGGCAUCAAGUGUGUUUAUUGAUGUGACUGGAAGAGUCCGAAUAGCAGACUACAGUAUCAACAGGAGACUCUGUGACCUGCACAGAAUGGCAGAGGAGUCCUGCCCAGGGGUGAAAUUCACAGACAAUGUUCAGACUGCAGGCAGGGGAGGCAAGAAGGGAGACAUAUUUCAGCUGGGUGUGUUGCUACUGUCCCUGGCACAGAGUUCUGCCUGUGAUGAGCUAGUACCAUCCAUACCGUCCACCUUACCGGCUGUUCUCCAGGACUUCCUUGCCAAGUGUUUGUUACGGGAUGACAAGCUGCGCUGGUCCUGCUCCCAGUUGUUUGAACAUGCAUUUGUCAAGGAGCCUGUCCCCACCCUCAUACCAGCCCCCACAGCCACAACUAGCAAGCUGCAUAAAGCCAAAGACAAAUGUACAUGUGAGGGAGGCGUUUGCCUAGUCAGGAAGGACAACUCUCUGGAGAAUUCUGACAGUGAGGGUGAAGAGUUGCUGCCCUUUAUAACUGCCUGGGAGGCCAGUGGUCAGUCGAGGCUUACAAAUGAGUUUCAUGUACUUAAACUACUGGGGAAAGGAGGCUUUGGAGAUGUGAUAAAGGUAAAGAAUACGUUAGAUGGAAGGUUUUAUGCCAUCAAGAGGAUACCCUUGAACCCCAAGAGUCAGCAUUUCAAGAGGAAAAUCACCCGGGAAGUGAAACUACUCUCCAGACUUAACCAUGAAAACGUGGUCAGAUACUACAAUUCCUGGAUCGAGACAAGUGAUGAGGCAGCCAGCAGUGAAUCCUCCUCUUCUCGCACUGAAACUCCCAGAAACUCUCACUCAGAGAGAAAAGUCUCCUUACCAACAAACUUUGGCAAAAACAGUCUUGAAAUCACAGAUGACAUUGAGAAGUUUGCCCCGCAGGUUAACAAUGCAUCCAUGGACUUCAGUAUCUCAUAUGAGUUGUCAAGGUCAAAGUCACAUGGUUUCCAUGGUAACGAUGACUUGUCUAGUUCAGAUGAUGAAUCCUUGCCAGAUGAGGAUGUGUUUGCUCUUUCCUUUAUGGAUGAGAAGUCGGACUCGUCCCUGGGUGUAGUGUUUGAGCAGGACUUUGAGGACGCCACUACAGCUCUGCCGGAAAUUGAGGACGAUGACAAGAAAUCAACAGAGCAGAGUGUGUUUGUUCCUAAACAGUACCUGUACAUUCAGAUGGAAUAUUGUGAGAAGUCCACCCUCCGUAACUGUAUAGAUGCGGGACUGUACCAGGACACUCGUCGCAUGUGGAGGUUGUUCCGGGAAAUAGUGGAGGGGCUCGUACACAUACAUGAACAGGGUAUGAUUCAUAGGGAUCUGAAGCCAGUAAAUAUUUUCCUCGAUUCAAACGACCACGUUAAGAUUGGGGACUUUGGGCUGGCAACAUCUGACAUCAUCUCAAAGAGCAGCCUGACCGAGAGUGGUGCUUUAUUGACGAGUGCGGGGGACAUCCAUGACAGUUCUUCCCGCUCUGGUAGUCUUGGAGAUGGGAGCAUGACGGGGCAGGUUGGGACAGCACUGUACGUGAGCCCAGAGAUGAUGACACGCCAGGGCAAGGUCACAUACAGUCAGAAAGUUGACAUCUACAGCCUGGGUAUCAUAUUCUUUGAGAUGUGUUACAAGCCCCUACAGACCGGUAUGGAGCGGGUGAAGAUCCUGGGUCACCUCCGCACACCCGAUAUUACGCUGCCAGAGGACUUCAUACAGGAGGAUAAUGAGAAACAGGUCUACAUUGUGCGUUGGCUGUUGAAUCAUGACUGGAAUGCCCGACCAACAUCGAAGCAGCUGUUGCAGUCUCCUGACCUCCCGCCCCCUGAGAUGGAGGAGGAAGAACUGACUGAAAUGUUACGGUCUGCCAUCUCCGACCCCCAGAGCAAGACGUACCAUCGCAUGAUCAGCACACUGUUCACCCAGAAUGUCAGUCUGGCUGAUGAUCAUGUGUAUGAUAGUGAAAUGUAUAAGGGAAGUUUUUCCAUCAACACGUCUCUCACCCAGGGCCUGAUACAUGACAGCCUGGUGCGUGUGUUCCAGCGUCACGGGGCAAUAAGACUGAGUACAUGCCUGCUUGUGCCCCGUCAGAAACUUUACGAGCAUGUGGAGAACUAUGCCUGUCUAAUGGACCACAGUGGCAGACUUGUUAGCCUGCCGUUUGAUCUCAGGAUGCCGUUUGCUCGCUACAUAUCACGGACUAAUGUAAACUACAUUAAGCGCUACUGUAUAGACAAGGUGUACAGAAAAAAGAAGGUGGGGGGCUUCCAUCCAAGGGAACUAACUGAGUGUGCCUUCGACAUUGUCACAAAUUCAUUUAGUUUGAUACCAGAUGGUGAAGUGAUUGUGGUGGUGCAGGACAUCAUCAAUGAGUUCCCUCCCCUCCAACAACGCAACUACUAUGUGAAGCUCCACCAUACAUCCCUUGUCACUGCCUCACUGCUACAUGUUGGUGUGCCCGAGUCACAACAUGGGGAGGUGGUACGGGCGCUAGUGGCGGUCAGGCGGGAUAGCAAGUCACGACUGGCCACCCUAAGCCAGUUUGAGUUGUCAGAACAGUCGGCCCAGAUGUUAUUGACUCUGCUUGAAACUGAGGGGCCAAUUCACAAAGUCCAGAGCAUCCUUCGCAUGCUUACGAAGGCUAAGGGAGAGGCAGCAACACUUGCCAAGACUGGUUUACAUGAGAUAGAGGCUGUCAAGACCAGCGCUGAAAACCUGGGGCUCAAACUACCAGUGAUUGUGAGUGUGGGCGGCAUGUACACCACACCUCUAUACAGGGGAGUCACGUUUCAAGUAGCGUAUGAUGUCAUGCACAAGAAGAAAACCGUCUGCGAGGUGCUGGCUGCUGGGGGACGCUUUAAUCACCUGAUAGAGCAGUUUGAGAGUCGACACAGGAAGGCCGACUCACGGCAGUCUGCUGUGGGUGUCAGCAUCACCUUUGAGAAAAUUGUCCAGGCCAUGUUAGAACAACAGGAUUUCCAACCUCCCAGUGCUUAUGAUGUGCUGGUGUGUACUAUAGGGCAUCAACCCAUGUUGAAGGAGAGGAUGGCCCUUGUUCGCGACAUGUGGAGGGCAGGGCUCAAAGCAGAAAUACUGCAUGAGACAUUAGAGGGUCAGGAAGAGAUCCAGGAUUUCUGCCGAGCCCAGGGAAUCUCCCAGCUGGUCAUAUUGAAGGAUACAGAAGGAUCUACUGUGAAGGUUCGAACAAUAGAGAAGGAAAGGAUUACAGAGAAGGUCGUGGCUGUCAGUGCCCUGGUGGAGUUUCUACAGCAGAAGAUACACACAGUAGACAGUGAGAGCAAGCCCAGUGCUGUUGGUUCUGGCAGCAACAAGUCCUUCCCUCAUGUUUCAUCCGGCCAGGAUAUCUUCAGCCAGUCAGGGUCAGGAAACAUUUCCGGAAACUUCAGUUUCAUACUGGAGGCAAACACCAAGAUGGCCUCCAACACUAAGAAGAAACAUGAGGCUCAGAUUGUGUCACGGGUGACGCUGUGUUUCCCCUGGCUCAAGUGCCUGGAGGUUGUUGCCUUGGAGAUGUCACUGUCCGCCAUCAAAAUCAUCACCGCAUUCAUUGACAUUGAUAAUUCAGAGUCUGCAUUUGAAAGUAGUAUUGGUGCUAUUGUUGAAAAAUUGCCUCGAUACAAAAAGUACAUGAGCAAAAUAAUGGACCACAUCCACCAGCUGGUGUUCAAAGACAAGUGUACCUGUAUCGUGAUGUACAGUAUAAAGGAUGAAAGAGUGAAGCUACUCACCACAUCCUAACCCGCAACCCUUGCCAGAAAAACAAUAUUCACCAUGGGCAAAAAUGCGACCUUCACUGGCAGAAAUACAACCUUCAAGGGGUUUCUCACAACAAAAACUGUCUUCUGCUGAUAUGAUGGACAACAUGUUUGACCAGCCAGGGCAAUUGCAAAACAAAGACCUUCCCUGGCUUAUGCACAAAGAUGUUUGCCAAGUGCUAGGAUGGAAGUUUGACCCAUUUCCUUUUCAUUUACGUCCUAAAUCUAUAAAAUGCCAAACUGAUUUUUAUUGCACAGUUGAGCAUAUAAGAUUAGGCUUCCUGAAUUUGUUCCAAAUAAUAGGUUUUCAUUGAUUAUAAAAAAAUAAAUCAAAAAAUGAUAAAACAUUCAGGCUCAAUAUGUUAGUGAACAUGGGCCCAGAGUUUGAGACUCAGGCUCUUAAAGAUGUGUAUCUGAUCAUAAAACAGGUUAUUUGUAACAGAUACUUUUACCAUCAUACCAUCUGAGACCUUAGAGACUCUGAUAAUUCUGAGACCUUAGAGACUGAUAAUUCUGAGACCUUAGAGACUCUGAACCUUAGAGACUCUGAGACCUUAGUGACCCUCAGACCAUAGUGACCCUCACACCUUAGUGACUCCCACACCUUAGUGACCCUCACACCUUAGUGACCCUCACACCAUAGUGACCUUCACACCUUAGUGACCCUCACACCUUAGUGACCCUCACACCUUAGUGACCCUCACACCUUAGUUACUCUCAGAUCUUAGUGACCCUCACACCUUAGUGACCCUCACACCUUAGUGACCCUCACACCUUAGUGACCCUCACACCUUAUUGACCCUGAUACCUUAGUUACUCUCACACCUUAUUGACCCUCAGACCUUAGUGACCCUCACACCUUAGAGACUCUCAGACCUUUAAGAUGCUUAGACCAUAGAGACCCAGGAUCUUAGGAACUCUGCCAGGGAGUGAUCAAAUUAAAAUGUUUAAUGGUCAUCUUUGUAUGUUUUAAUGUUUUAAUUCAAUUUCUUAAAUGCUAGUAAUGUGCUGGUGCUUUUAGAUCAAAAGCUUUUAGUGCUUGUUGGUUGAUUGUAGUUUUAGGACUAGUUCAUCGUUAUAGAUGCAGGACACACUGUUUUGAAUGUGUUUUGAUGACGCAUCAGUUUUAUCAAGGAUAAAGUGUGAUCAGUCCGAGAUCUAGGUCAAUCAUUUCAAAUGUGCCAGUAGUCUCCACAUUGACAAAAACUGUGAUCUUAUUCAUUCAUAUAUAGUUAUAUACAUGUACACAUUGUUUAUUGAAGUGCUAUAUGAAGAGUCAAACAUAAACAAAAAAUAUGUGUUUCAAAGUGAAUAUCAGUAUUUAUAAAAGAAAUAUUUUGUACAUAUAUAUAUUGAGUUACUGUUAACUAUACAUGCAGACUAAAUAUUAGAUAUUUUGUUUCAUAUUCCAAAAUGCUUCAUCAAAGAUGACAUUGAAGAAAUGUAAGAAUCAUUAGAGCUUUAUAGGGGGCAUGGUGCAAUGUAGGUAACAUCAUGUGUGUAGCUUGUCUGUUUUUGAAGAAAAAGUUGGAUUUUUUUAGCCUUAGUGUUGUUGUUCCUGGUUUCGUUUAGCCUUGGGCAUAACUCGAAACAAUGUUCAUAGCCAAGUUGAUGUUGUUGUUGUGUCAGUGUCUUCGUGUGAAAGCUUAACAUUGGACACUCACUCAAAAACAGUUAAAAGAUAUUCAAAUGAAACUUGGUACACAUGUUGCCAGAGACUAUUUGUAUCUGAACUGUAAGGCCAAUAACUCUGGAUAUAAUGAUUGUAAAGUUAUGCCCUUGUUUGAAUAGAAUACAAGAACAGAUGAACAGUUCCAUGGCGAUCUUCUUAAGUUCAACAAGCUUUGGUUACACAGCGAUCUUGUUAACAAUUUAUUGUUAAUUUAGUUUGACAAAUGUGGGUUUUUUCCUUGUAGAAAAUAUGUUUGAAGGAUGUUAUUAAACUGUAAUAUGAAAUAGAAUCAUAUGUAAUAUAAUGUUCACUUCAUUUAGUUGUAAACUUUCUGAAUACAUUUGGACAAAAGAGAAAUAAUGAAUAAAAUGAAAAUUAUUCAA